AUGACUUCUAUAAAAAAUCUGGCGAGGACUGCAAUCAUUAUAUAUGCCAUAUGCUUUUUUACAAACUCUGAUGGAAGACCAAUGAUAAAAAGAUCAGUGAGCGAGAUGCAACUAAUGCAUAAUCUUGGAGAACAUCGACACACCGUAGAGAGACAGGACUGGCUUCAAAUGAAACUGCAGGAUGUGCACAGUGCCCUCGAGGAUGCCAGGACCCAGAGACCUCGAAACAAGGAUGAGAUUGUGCUGGGUGAGAUAAGAAGUCGGAGGCUGCUCCCUGAGCAUUUGCGGGCAGCAAUGCAGAAGAAAUCCAUCAAUCUGGACAAAGCUUACAUGGAUGUACUCUUUAAAACAAAGCCAUAAUCAGAGCAUUAUGUCUGUCCAAGUAAGCACAUGUCUGUAUAUCAUUGAUCAA